AUGCGUCCGACCGGCUACUGUUCGUUCAUUAUGUAAAAAAUUGAUAAAAUAGUGAAAUGAAAAUAAUUUAAGUGUUAAAUACAAUUUCAGAUGCCUUCUAAAAAAACAGUCUGGUCCGGAGCAUCGCUGGUUCGCGUGUUGUAUCCCGUUGGGCUCUGCUUGAUAUUUGUCGCCGUCAAUGUCAGAAUCAGCAAGCAACGCGACCAAAGAUUCCGUCAAGUGUAUAGUUCAGCAAAAACCCGCAACAAAGAAUGCACAAGUCAUUUUCAGAGUGGCCGGAGUGUUUCACUCGUAUGAUUCCCACCACAAAUUGAGUGAUACACGACGAGCAUAUGAAAUUCUGUACACGAUGGCGUUUAUCAUCGUGGCAACUAUAUUCGGAGUCGCUUGCUACAUGAAGAAGCUCUACAGGGUUGGUAGGAAAUGUCGAUCACCGACUUUAGAAAACUGAUUUGCAGUUGAUAACCGUGUAUCUCGUCGGAAACAGCCUCUUUCUCCUCCUCCUUUACGGCCUCUUCCACUUGCGGAACCUGUUGUCAGCGCUCUCUUUGCCCACUUCUCUGCCCACGGCCGUAUUUCUAGUCUUCAAUUUCGGAUCCCUCGGUUUGCUCGCUCUGCACUACGAGUGCUCCCUCCGCCUUCAUCAGUUCUAUCUGGUCAUGCUUGCCGCCCUCACCGCCAUAUUUCUGACGGACCUGCUAGCCGAUUGGACUGUCUGGAUUUUGUUGAUUGGCAUGUCGCUCUGGGACCUGUUUGCAGUUCUCGCCCCAUGCGGACCGCUGAAAACGCUGGUGGAGACUGUGAAUCGACGUGGUGAAGAGUACUUGCCAGCGCUCGUCUACAACAGUGAGCCGAUUCUAUUUGAACAAGCCAGACUCUGUUGUGAAUUUCAGCGAGCUCGUGCGUGAAUGAGCGAGAAACGGAGCAGUUCGAAAACGUUGAAAUGACCGUUCCCGGGAGGAUUCCAUCAGUGGUUGCUCCGUGGGACGACGAAGAGGAAGGAGAGCUACGUCUUGGGAUGGGCGACUUUGUCUUCUUUUCUCUGAUGCUCGCCAACGUCGUCCUGGCAUGUUUCUUCUUCUUCUUUUAACUUUAAAGAUUCCGCCCCGGCCCGGUCAGCCCGAAAGUCUUAUUUGAACGAAAUUUUAGCGGAAAAAAAGAAAAGUCUCUAAAAGUGAGUGUCUAUUGAUCCGACAACUUAAAAAAAAAAUUUUUCAAAUAUCGCAAGCCUUCUUCUUUUCCGGUAUCCAAUUAGUUUAAAUUCGUUUUCAGACGGCACCAUUGCUCACAGCCGUAGCGUGCUUCGUAUCGAACAUUGCCGCCCUCACGAUCAUCCUUCCGAUCGUCGCGCUCCAUCGAAAGGCGAUUCCUGCCCUGCCGGUUCCACUUUUCUGUGCCGGCGCUUUCUACUUCUCGUCCCUCAAAACACUUACUCCAUUUAUCGCUGAGAUCACGACGAGAAUGAUCUUGAUUUGA